GGGAGGCGCGGGGGCGGCGCGCCAGUUGCUUCGGCGUCUUGGUGCUGCUGCGUUGCGGAGCCGGUGCGGCCCUGUAGCCACGAUGCCUGAGGAGACCCAGACCCAAGACCAACCCAUGGAGGAGGAGGAGGUGGAGACGUUCGCCUUUCAGGCGGAAAUCGCCCAGCUGAUGUCGCUGAUCAUCAAUACUUUCUACUCGAACAAGGAGAUCUUUCUGAGAGAGCUCAUUUCUAACUCGUCGGAUGCUUUGGACAAAAUCCGCUAUGAAAGCCUGACCGAUCCCAGCAAACUAGACUCUGGGAAGGAGCUGCACAUUAACCUUAUACCUAACAAGCAAGAGCGAACCCUCACCAUCGUGGAUACUGGAAUCGGAAUGACCAAGGCCGACCUGAUCAAUAACCUUGGCACUAUCGCCAAGUCUGGGACCAAGGCGUUCAUGGAAGCGUUGCAGGCUGGUGCAGACAUCUCUAUGAUUGGCCAGUUCGGUGUUGGUUUUUACUCUGCGUAUUUGGUUGCCGAGAAGGUAACGGUGAUCACCAAGCACAACGACGACGAGCAGUAUGCCUGGGAAUCCUCCGCAGGGGGGUCGUUCACAGUCAGGACUGACACAGGUGAGCCUAUGGGUCGUGGAACAAAGGUUAUCCUGCAUCUGAAAGAAGACCAAACCGAGUACUUGGAGGAAAGAAGAAUAAAGGAGAUCGUGAAAAAGCAUUCUCAGUUCAUUGGCUAUCCCAUUACUCUUUUUGUGGAGAAGGAACGUGAUAAAGAAGUCAGUGACGAUGAGGCUGAAGAAAAGGAAGAUAAAGAGGAAGAAAAAGAAAAAGAAGAGAAGGAGUCUGAUGACAAACCAGAAAUAGAAGAUGUUGGUUCUGAUGAGGAAGAAGAAGAAAAGAAGGAUGGUGACAAGAAGAAGAAGAAGAAGAUUAAGGAGAAAUACAUUGAUCAAGAAGAACUCAACAAAACAAAGCCUAUCUGGACCAGAAAUCCUGAUGACAUUACUAACGAAGAGUAUGGAGAAUUCUACAAGAGCUUGACCAACGACUGGGAGGAUCACUUGGCAGUGAAGCAUUUUUCAGUUGAAGGACAAUUAGAAUUCAGAGCUCUUCUUUUUGUCCCAAGACGUGCUCCUUUUGACCUGUUUGAAAACAGAAAGAAAAAGAACAACAUCAAGUUGUAUGUACGCAGAGUUUUCAUCAUGGAUAACUGUGAAGAACUGAUCCCUGAAUAUCUCAAUUUCAUUAGGGGAGUAGUGGACUCUGAGGAUCUCCCUCUGAAUAUUUCGCGUGAGAUGCUGCAACAAAGCAAAAUUUUGAAAGUUAUCAGAAAGAAUUUGGUGAAAAAAUGCUUAGAACUCUUCACUGAACUGGCAGAAGAUAAAGAGAACUACAAAAAGUUUUACGAACAGUUCUCCAAAAACAUAAAGCUUGGAAUACAUGAAGACUCUCAAAAUCGGAAGAAGCUUUCGGAGCUGUUAAGAUACUACACAUCUGCUUCUGGUGAUGAAAUGGUUUCUCUCAAGGACUAUUGCACCAGAAUGAAGGAAAACCAGAAACAUAUUUAUUACAUCACAGGUGAGACCAAGGACCAGGUUGCUAACUCGGCCUUUGUGGAACGUCUUCGGAAGCAUGGCUUGGAAGUAAUCUAUAUGAUCGAGCCUAUUGAUGAGUAUUGUGUCCAGCAGCUGAAGGAAUUUGAAGGGAAGACUUUAGUGUCAGUCACCAAAGAGGGCUUAGAACUUCCAGAAGAUGAAGAAGAGAAAAAGAAACAGGAAGAGAAAAAAACAAAGUUUGAAAACCUCUGCAAAAUCAUGAAAGACAUCUUGGAGAAAAAAGUUGAGAAGGUGGUUGUAUCAAACCGAUUGGUGACGUCGCCAUGUUGUAUUGUCACAAGCACUUAUGGCUGGACAGCAAACAUGGAAAGAAUCAUGAAAGCUCAAGCUCUCAGAGACAACUCCACCAUGGGUUACAUGGCAGCAAAGAAACACCUGGAGAUAAAUCCUGACCAUUCCAUUAUUGAGACCUUAAGGCAAAAGGCAGAGGCUGAUAAGAACGACAAGUCUGUGAAGGAUCUGGUCAUCUUGCUCUAUGAAACUGCACUCCUGUCUUCUGGCUUCAGUCUGGAAGAUCCUCAGACACAUGCUAACAGGAUCUACAGGAUGAUCAAACUUGGUCUGGGUAUUGAUGAAGAUGAUCCUACUGCUGAUGAUACCAGUGCUGCUGUCACUGAAGAGAUGCCACCCCUCGAAGGAGAUGACGACACAUCGCGCAUGGAAGAAGUAGACUAAGCUUUGCCUGAAGAACGGCUUGUACACGUGUCCAAUGCUUUAUCUUCAUUCCCUCCGAUAACAUAUUUUCAAGGAUUGUUCUUCGUUUUUGUUAACGUUUUAAAAAUCUGUAUGGCAUGACAAUAACUCCUUUAAGGGGAUGAUAAGGUUUCUUUCCUCAUGUGUGGUGCUGUGAUACCUUAGGCACUAAGCAGAACUAGUAAUGCUUUUCUAGUUUCACCUUGGCUUAUUUGAACAGAUAGAGGGAACAUGUUGUAAGGGGUAUGUAGCCUAAUGUUAACUUUGUGGUCUGAAGUGUUUAGCUAUCAAGCAGGAUUCCUUAGUAGACCAAAUCUUUGUCACUGAAGUGUUCUCAGAUAAACCUUGAUGUUUAGAAGAAAAGUGUUUGUUUAAAUCACUUGAGUUUCAUCUUCUAGAAUUGACUUUAAGCUUUUCAUCCCUGUAGUUAACAAUUCUGCAUGUGCUAGUCCUCUAGAAAUAAGUAUGUUAAACUGAAGCAACUUGAUGGGAAGAACUCUCCAGGGCUUGUUUUCCAAAGAAAAGUAUUGUCUAGAAGAGCAAAAUUAUAAGCCUACCUAGGUGUUUGUAAAGCUGUUCAUAAAGGAACUGUGAGGCUUGUGAAUGGAAAUGUAGUGCCCAAGUCACAUUCUACUUAAAGAGGUUGUAACAAAUACAGAUGAGUUAAAAAGA